AUGGAUCGAUCUUCUUCUUCCUCUUCCUUCCUCUUCUUCUUUCUCGUUACCCUUUUCUCGUGUUCAUCUUCUUCCUCGUUGAACGACCAAAAGCACUUAACUUACAUCGUGCGUGUCGACCACGAAGCCAAACCCUCCAUUUUCCCCACCCACCGUCACUGGUACGACUCCUCCCUCGCCUCCCUCCGUCCUCCGCGGUUCUCCGCAGCCGUCCCCGCCCUCAGGACCGUCAUCCACACCUACGACACCGUCUUCCAUGGCUUCUCCGCCAGGCUCUCCGCCGAAGAUGCCCAACAGCUCAUGGACCUUCCCCAUGUCAUCUCCAUCAUCCCCGAACAAGUCCGGCGCUUGCACACCACGCGCUCGCCGGAGUUCCUCGGCCUCACUACCACCGACAAGGCCGGUCUCCUAAAGGAAUCCGAUUUCGGGUCGGAUCUCGUCAUUGGAGUUAUCGACACUGGGAUUUGGCCCGAGAGACCCAGCUUCAACGACAAGGCUCUGGGCCCGGUGCCCAGUAAGUGGAAAGGCCAAUGCUUUGUCUCCGAUGAUUUUCCGGCGACUGUGUGCAAUCGGAAACUCGUCGGAGCGAGGUACUUCUGUGGUGGGUAUGAGGCCACGAACGGGAAGAUGAACGAAACCACGGAGUAUCGCUCGCCGCGCGACUCCGACGGGCAUGGGACCCACACCGCCUCCAUUGCCGCCGGUAGGUACGUUUUCCCGGCAUCGACCCUCGGCUACGCCCGAGGCGUUGCGGCGGGCAUGGCCCCGAAGGCCCGGCUCGCUGCUUACAAGGUAUGCUGGAACUCCGGCUGCUACGAUUCCGACAUCCUCGCCGCUUUCGACGCUGCAGUCGCCGACGGCGUCGACGUCGUGUCCCUUUCUGUCGGCGGCGUCGUUGUUCCGUACUACCUCGAUGCCAUCGCCAUUGGAGCCUUCGGAGCCAUCGACCGAGGGAUCUUCGUCUCCGCCUCCGCCGGAAACGGCGGGCCCGGCGGCAUGACGGUGACAAACGUGGCUCCUUGGAUGACCACCGUCGGGGCUGGAACCAUAGACCGGGAUUUUCCGGCAGACGUCAAGCUCGGCAACGGGAAGGUGGUUCCCGGCGUCAGCUUAUAUGGCGGACCGGGUCUGGACCCGGGUCGGAUGUACGCGGUUAUCUACGGCGGUAGCCUCCUCGGCGGCGAUGGGUAUUCUUCGUCUCUGUGUCUCGAAGGUUCUCUGGAUCCGAAUAUGGUGAAGGGGAAGAUAGUUUUGUGCGACAGAGGAAUCAACUCGAGAGCCACCAAAGGGGAGGUCGUGAGGAAAGCUGGCGGCAUCGGAAUGAUCCUGGCGAACGGCGUGUUCGACGGCGAGGGCUUGGUCGCCGACUGCCACGUGUUGCCGGCGACUGCCGUUGGUUCGUCCGGUGGCGACGAGAUCAGGAAGUACAUCUCGGGUUCGGGCAAGCCUGGUUCUUCGUCUGAACCAACGGCCACUAUCGUUUUCAAAGGGACCCGUCUCGGCGUCCGACCGGCUCCAGUGGUGGCAUCGUUCUCGGCUCGCGGCCCGAACCCUGAGUCACCAGAGAUUCUCAAACCGGACGUGAUCGCGCCUGGAUUGAACAUCCUUGCCGCAUGGCCGGACAAGAUCGGUCCCUCGGGCGUUCCGUCGGACAAAAGAAGGACCGAGUUCAACAUCCUGUCGGGAACCUCGAUGGCCUGUCCGCACGUGUCGGGUCUGGCAGCAUUGCUGAAGGCAGCGCAUCCGGAUUGGAGCCCCGCGGCGAUACGAUCGGCAUUGAUGACAACUGCUUACACCGUCGACAAUCGGGGCGAACCAAUGCUGGAGGAGUCGACAGGCAAUGUCUCGACGGUGAUGGAUUUCGGGUCGGGUCACGUCCACCCGACCAAAGCUAUGGACCCGGGACUUGUCUACGACCUCACGCCCUAUGACUACGUGAACUUCCUAUGCAAUUCGAAUUACACGGGGUCUAACAUUGUGACAAUAGCGAGACGCAAGGCUGAUUGCGAGGGGGCGAAACGGGCGGGUCAUGUCGGAAACUUGAACUAUCCCUCGCUAUCCGUCGUGUUUCAGCAGUUCGGGGACGGAAAAAUGUCGACGCAUUUCAUUAGGACGGUGACGAAUGUUGGGGAUUCGGGUUCGGUGUACAAGGUUAGGGUUAGGCCGCCGAGUGGGAUAUCGGUGACAGUGGAGCCGGAGAGGCUAUCGUUUAGACGGAUCGGACAGAAACUGAGCUUUCUGGUUAGGGUUCAGGCGACGGCGGUGAAGCUGUCGCCGGGAGGGACAAGUGUGAACACUGGUUACAUUGUUUGGUCGGACGGCAAGAGGAAUGUGACCAGUCCCUUGGUGGUCACUCUCCAGCAACCUCUGUGACCAUAUUUUAUGUUUUUCUUUUUUCCCGAAUUAUAUAAAUGAAAAAAGGAAAAAAAUAUGUCUAGUGUCUUUGUAUUGAGCAGUUUCAAUGAGAUGCUUUUGUAAUAUAAAUGUAUCUUUUUGCUUGUAAGAAGCAUAAUGCCCUUUUGCAGAAAAUAUAAUCUUAUUUUGGUUUAUCUA